AAUUAUUAUUAUUAUUAUUAUUAUACAAUGUCAAAUAUUGACAUUCCUAUAAUCCCUCCUGAUCCGGAACAAACACAGCAAGUAAUUGAAAAACUAUACAAGCUAAAAGAUGCAUCACCAAAAGAAUUACGAAAUAGGGAUUUUACUUUAGAAGAUGGACAAGUAUGGACAAGUUGGACAAUGAGAGAAAGUGUAUAUAAGAAAAAGGCAGACAGAUUUCCGACAUUGGCUAGAGGACUGUUUACUAAAGACUAUAAAGUUAUGGUACGAGGGUAUGAUAAGUUUUUCAACAUAUUGGAAAGUAAAUACACACAAUGGCCAGAAUUAGAAGAAAAGACUGAGGGCCCUUAUGAAAUCACAACAAAAGAAAAUGGAUGUAUUAUAUUUAUUGUUGCCUUAUCGAAUGAAAGUAUAAUUGUAACAUCAAAACAUUCUAUUCCUUCCGAGAAAACAGACAUGAAAACGCAUGCUGGCGUAGGAUAUGCUUGGGUAUUGAAACAUUUAGCCUCUGUUAAUAAAACUGAAAAGGAUCUAGCUAGCUGGUUAAAUAACAAAAACAUUACUCUAGUUGCUGAGUUGUGCGAUGAUGAGUUUGAACAGCAUAUACUACCUUAUUCUGGUAAAGAUCGAGGACUUUAUUUACAUGGAAUUAAUUAUAACUUGACUGAAUUAAAUACCCUUCCAAGUUCAACAGUAAAGCAAGUAGCAAUUGAAUUUGGAUUCCAUACAAUUGACUAUAUAUUAUUAGACACGUUGAAAGAAGUAAGAAAAUUUGGAGAACAAAUGCAACAAACUCAGUGUUAUAAUGAUAAGGAAAUAGAAGGAGUCGUUAUUCGAUGCAAAAAAGAAGGAAAAGAUUUUAUGUUCAAGAUGAAGAACGAUCGAUAUUUACAAUAUAGAGAAUAUCGUGAAGUUACAAAGCAUUUACUCGUAUAUAAUGAAGAUCAUAUCUCUAUUAAAGAAGAUAAGCUACCUAAAAUAUCAUAUCAAAAGACAUAUGAUUAUAUUGAAUGGCUACGCAAACGUGUUUUAGAUAAACCAGAAUGGUUUAAAGAAUACAAAAACCAGAAGGGUAUUGUUCAAGUUCGAGAAGAAUUUGAAAAAUAUUGGGAGACUAAUAGACUCUAAAUGAACUGACAAAUAAUAAUAAUAAAUUUCUACUAUAAACAAGGCAAAUUAUAUU